UGGAGAUGAUAGUUGAUGACCACAUCAUGGAUAAUACAACUUACGUCUUGGUUGACGUGCCAUUGAUGGACACAAACGUCUCUGGAUUGAACAACUCUUCCGUCGACCAGCUGCCGUUUUACAACUUUGUCCAUGGCCUGUAUCUCUACGUUAUACCGCUGAUAUCCAUUCUCGGAAUCAUCGGCAAUGUUUGUUCUUUCAAAGUUUUUGUAUGUUCCACCUUCAGCAGACACCCGUCCAGUAUAUAUCUGUCUGUGCUCAGUGUCUCCGACACCUGGUUCUUACUAGCUCUUUUCCUCGGUUGGCUUGGCAGUUUGGAUGUCCGAUUUUCCGAGAGCGGUGCUCUGUGUAUGGUAUCUGUAUAUGUAACGUAUAUCACGAGUUUUCUAUCAGUGUGGUACGUAGUACUCGUUAUGUUCGAACGUUAUAUUGUCGUCUGCCACCCACUUAGGGCACCAUCACUUUGCUCAAAGAAGAGAUCUGGAAUAGCAACUGGCAUAAUUACCGCAUUCGCCAUAUUGUUCUACGCGCACAGUUUUUUCACUAUGGAAAUCGUCAUCAAUCAUACAGGGAAACGAACAAGCGCGUGCCAAAUGAUUGACGAUGACAUUAAUUUGAUUGCUGUUAUAACAUAUGUAGAUUCAACAAUAACAUUCAUCAUACCUUUUAUUGCAAUUUUCACUUUAAAUGUUCUAGUGAUCCGCGCCAUCAGGAGUUUCACCUACCGGCAUGUAAGCCGGCAUGAGAAGAAAUAUUACUCUCCUUCACACAACACUUUGUCAAAAGCUCAAAUGAGACUGACAGUUAUGUUGAUGGUGGUGUCCAUUGUAUUCCUUGUCCUCAAUCUGCCAAGUCAUGGUGUGAGAUUCUACAUAGCAGUAAAUAACCUCAUUUAUAAUCCCAACAUCACCCUUUUCCUCACACAGCAGGUGUGCCAGAUACUCUAUUACGCCAAUUUCGCUGUUAAUUUCAUUGUCUAUGUGUCAACCAGUAAAACAUUUCGGAGGAGUCUAAGGGAACCCAAUAAGUGCGGAACACUUUCCUUCGUGAGUUGUUCAUCUGCGAUGAUUAAUUUACAGACGCGACAGGAAAAUACUGGCAUAUGAAGAAAAUGCCGAAACGACAGAAAAAAAAGAACAAAUAUAGAUUAGACGCGGCGUCAUCUAAACAGCAACAGGGGUAAUAGCAUGCGUUGUGGAGUUGUAAAUAAAACGUAAGCGUCUGCUGCUUAAAAUAGAUUAGACGUGAAGUCGUCUAAAACAUUAACAAGGGAAAAAAUCAUGCAUUCUGGAUGUAUAUAAAAUAAGCGUCUGUUGCUUAAAGAAGAUUUGAAGUGGAGUCAUCUGAAACAGUAUAGAGGGUAGCAUCAUGCGCUCUGGAGGUGUAAAUAGAAAAUUAGUGUCUGAUGCUCAAAAUAGAUUGAAGACGGAUAUACCUGUUGCAGUACAAAGAUAUUAAUUACCAUACGUUCUGCGCUCUCAAAAUGUAAACCAAUAUGAUGAAAUUGACAUUAUCAGGUAUAUCAACGAAAAUCGGAAACGUUUGAAUUCAUAUCGAACAAGGAUAUAUACAAUGUACAUGUAAUAUAAGCAUAUAAUUUAUAUACAACGCUUUUAUCUUUUACAUGUAUAACAGGGUAACACAUCAUAUUGUUUUGUUUGCUAUAGUGAUUUAACAUCCUAUCAACAGCUUUGGUAUUAAAUGAAGGAAUUUAUAUGGAGCUGUGAGGGUCAAUUCGUUAAUUUUAUUGAUAUGAAAUUGUGGCGGUUAUUUCACUAAUACAAAAAUGAUAUGGAACUGUGACAUUCAUUUCAAUAAUAUUCAUCGAUAUAGAAUUGUGAAAGUUAUUUCACUAUUAUUCAUCGAUAUUGAACUGUGACGGUUAUUUCACGAAAAUAGAUUGAUAUUGAGCUGUGACGGGUAUUUCACUGACGAAAAAUUGAUACGGAACUUGGACAGUUAUUUCACUAAUACAGCAGUGAUAUUGAUCUGUGGUGGUUAUUUCACUAAUACAAAAAUUUCAUUGAACUGCUGCGUUUAUUUCACAAAUGUAAAAAUGAUACGGAGCUUUCACCGUUUUUUUUGUAUUGAUGCAAUAUAUGUGAAAGAAAUCUUAUGUCGAAUGAUUUGAAAUGUAAAAUUUAACAUGAUGUUUGUAUUUAAGAAGGUUUUACAUUAAGAAUGCAUUGCAUAUCGCAAAAAAAAGUUCUCUCCAUUUAUAUUUCGCCUUUUUUCCCCUGCAGAUUUUGAUCACGAAACUUCUAUUAAUAUAAAUAACCACAAGGAGGGCAAAAUCAAUACCAGUAUAUUACAUGGGCAUUGUCAUCGAAUAACAGAACGUUUAUGUGAUAAAUUAUGUAUUGUGCGUAUAUAAAUGAUACUCUGUCAUCUAUAUAUAUCGAUAUAAUGACGUAGUAUUUUUGUCUCUGACGGAAAUUGAUUUAUAUUAGACUGAAUAACUGAUUUAUGUAAAGGCAUAUAAUGAGGAUC